AAGCUCAGGGGAAGAGUUGGUCUUGAGAUCCUCCCCUGAAUACUCUGGCAAAAGUGCAGGAGGAGAAAGGGAGAAAACACAAGUGUGGAGCAAGCUCUGGCAGUGAGCCUUGAUAAAAGAGAGGAUCUGGAUUUCCAAGGAGAAAGCACUGGCAGGUGCUCAGACACAGAGAAGCCAGUGCAGUGUCAGGAGGGCACAGGGGUCAGGAUGGCAAUGAAGGGACAUAUCUCUGCUCAGCUGCUUUGGCUGUUUCUCCUCUCUCUUCAGGUUGCCAUGGGUGCUGAUGAACUGAGGCUGGCGGAUGGAGGCAGCCCCUGUGCCGGGAGAGUGGAGGUUAAACACAACAAUCAGUGGGGGACGGUGUGUGAUGAUCGCUGGGACAUGGAAGAUGCUGAGGUGGUUUGUAAGCAGCUGGGAUGUGGAUCUGCUGUCAGCGCCCAUGUUUGGGCUCAUUUUGGACAAGGAUCUGGACCAACUUGGCUGAUUGUAGUUGAUUGUGAUGGUGACGAAUCAGCUCUCUGGGACUGCAAACAUCCAGGAUGGGGUAUAAUCACCUGCUCUCAUUCUGCUGAUACUGGAGUGAUCUGCUCAGGUCACAUUGAGCUCCGGCUGGUUGGAGGGGGCACUGCCUGCUCAGGACGUGUUGAAGUAAAACAUGGAGAAACAUGGGAGACAGUCUGUGAUUCACACUUAGAUUUCAAAGCCGCUACAGUUAUCUGUAAUGAAUUAGGGUGUGGACAGGCUGUAGCCACCUUGGGAGCAGCUCACUUUGGAGAAGGACAUGAUCUGAUCUGGAAGGAAGCAUUCCAGUGUGUGGGGAAUGAGACUGUCCUUUCAAACUGUCCCAGGAUGUCCCAUUCUAAUGAGACAUGCUCCCACGCUAAUGAUGUUGGCCUAUUGUGCUCAGGGUAUGCUGGAUACAGGCUGGCAAAUGGCAGCACAGGGUGUUCGGGGAGAGUGGAGCUUCACCAUGGAGGCGCCUGGGGAACCCUCUGUGAUUCCCAGUGGGAUUUACAGGCUGCCCACACCCUCUGCCAGCAGCUUGACUGUGGAUUCGCUCUGUCAAUGCCAGCAGGGCAGCUCUUUGGGACAGGAGAUGGGCCUGUCUGGAACGGCACGUUUGGCUGCGAGAGGAACGAAUCCCGUCUGAGGGACUGUCCUGUUACUGCACUGGGUACAACUGAGUGUCCCCCUGGGAGCAAAGCCAGCGUGGUGUGUUCAGAGUGCUCAGGCGGCAGGUUAGUGAAUGGCACCGAGUGCUCCGGGAGAGUGGAGAUCCGACAUGGAGACACAUGGGGAAGCCUCUGUGACUCCCACUGGGAUUUGCAAGAUGCCAACGUCCUCUGCCAUCAGCUGAACUGUGGAUACGCCGAGUCAACCUGGGGAGGAGCCCAUUUUGGGGAAGGGAGAGGAACCGUAUGGAGCGACACUUUUCAUUGUGAAGGGACUGAAUCCUGUCUGUGGGAUUGUUCUCGCACAGCCCUGGGCAACCCAGCCUGCUCCCCAAGAGACACUGCCAGGGUUAUUUGCUCAGGUCGUUCAGCAUCACUCCGACUGUUGAAUGGAGAGAGCCGGUGCGAUGGGAGAGUUGAGAUUUCCCUCCGUGGUGCUUGGGGCAGAGUGCUGGAUGACCAGUGGGACAUGAACGAUGCCAGCGUGGUGUGCAGGCAGCUCCAGUGUGGAGUCUCUGAGAAAGCUUUUAACCUCCCUAAGUCUGAGCGAGGAAUGGGCCCCGUGGGGCUGAGAAGUGUCCAGUGUGCAGGAAAUGAGACUAAUCUGACUCUCUGCAACGUCUCCACAUCUGAGACCGCUCAGGCACGAAUUGCUGAGGAUGUCGGUGUUGUUUGCUCAGGAAGCAGGCGGAUCCGGCUGGUGAAUGGGGCGGGUCGCUGUGCUGGGAGAGUGGAGAUCUAUUACAAUGGCACCUGGGGGACAGUCUGUGAUGAUUCCUGGGACCUACCGGACUCCAAUGUCGUUUGCACACAACUGGGAUGUGGCCACGCCAUAAGUGCAACUCUCUCUGCUCAUUAUGGGCAAGGAUCCGGGCAGAUCUGGCUGGACGAUGUGAACUGCUCUGGGAAGGAAUCUGAUCUCUGGGAGUGUCCUUCCGGGGGCUGGGGCCAGCACAACUGCAGACACAAACAGGAUGCAGGAGUUCUCUGCUCAGAGUUCACAGAUCUGAGGCUGGUGAGCAGCAGUGACUGUGCUGGGCGCCUGGAGGUUUUCUACAAUGGGACAUGGGGCAGUGUUUGCUCAAAUCAGAUGACUGGCAUCACCCCGACAAUUAUAUGCAAACAGCUGAACUGUGGAGAUGGAGUGCUAACUGCAGGAGAAUUUCAACAUGGGGAAGGUUCUGGUCUCACGUGGCUGGACCAUGUUAAAUGCACUGAGCAGCACAGCUCCCUUUGGCAGUGUCCCUCAGGCCCAUGGAAAAGGCAGUCAUGUGAUCACCGAGCAGAAGAGACCCAUAUUAUUUGCAAUGAUUCUUCAAAUGGUGUGAUGAAGACAACAGCUUCACUGUUUAGAAGAGCUCCCCCGCGCCGCCCUUCGACCGACAGUGGGAGAGUCACAGUGCCCGUGGUCAUCUGCAUUAUCCUGGGGGCCUUGCUCUGCCUGGUCUUAAUCAUUCUGGGUGCACAGGUGCGAAGUGCCAAGGCACAGCGCAAAGACUCCAGAAGAUCCUCGGACCUUUUCACUGAAGCCAUAUAUGAGGAGAUCGAUUAUAACCUGAAUGGAGAGAAGAAGAUGUUGGGUCGCUCAGAUGAUUCACUGAUGAAACUUCGGUAUUACACCAGGGACAGUGAGGUGGGAAAUGAUCCUGCAUCAGAACAAGAGGGAGCUUCCCCUUGGGGGUCUCAGUUGGAUUUCGAUAAUGUGGAGGACCCUGUGUCGAGUGAUGUGCUCCUGACUUCAGAUAGCCAAGAGGCUCCUGCACUGCCUGGAGAUGUCACAGAGAACGGUUAUGAUGAUGUCAAAGAAGUUUCUGACCCCAAUGAUAACCACGGCCCCGGGCAGUGUGCCUGGGAAGACACUGGAGCCCCAGGAGAGAGUGACAGGAACAGGGAUUCACAGACAGAUUGGAGUCUGCACUUGCUAAGAAGUGAAGAGGUCUCUGAGGCUGAGAGAGACGCCCUGUCCCUACUUCCUGGAGACCCAGGUUAUGAUGACGUUGAAGAUAGGGUCUCUGAGACAUCGCUAUAAGAAUGCUGAGUUCAGAUCAAAUAUCCUGUGAGGACAUAAAUGUUGUAUGAUUGGGCUAUUCUUCUCUCAAAUGCUCUCUGGGCCAUCAGAAACAAUCCCUACCUGGGAACUAGUUCAUACAGCUUUUAUAUUGCAGUUUUGUCUGCUUGCAAGAAAUAUGUGUGACUGAGACAGGGUCUGUGGUUUACCCUGUAAUUCCCAAUUGAUCAGACUGUCUGGAACUGUCCUGCUUUUUUAUUCCUGCUGUUUUAUUUCUAACAUGAAAUAUUAUUUCUUCCUUGUGAAUUUUUACUUUCUUAGUAAACUGUUUUUGAAAGACUGUUCCAGGGCUGAUGCUUCUCCAACGAGGUGUGUUGGGCAGCUCCCUGGAGACCACUGGGGGAAAGAUUGAGAUUGAACCACCAAAAAAUUAUAAUGGUAAAAUGUCGGCCCCUCGGGUAUCUCAGGCUGUUGGACAGGGUGUUACAUUGAGAAUGAAUAUUCUGCCAGGUGUGUGGUAAUGGUGAGAUACCUAGCAACAGAAUAUUCCUCACUCCAAAGAUGGCCCUAACCCCCAGGAUAA